ACAGAGUUUAUGUUACAGUUCCAGAUAAUUUUCCUGCUAGGAUUUUGGAGAGAACUUCAGCGUAGACAAGCCUUGGCAGGCCUUCUGAAAGCAUGUUUGAAACUUUUAGGUAUCUUCUUCAAAUCUUAUACUGGAAAGUGCACAUUUAAUAGUCAUUAAAUUUGUCCGUAACCAUAUUUUCAAGUAAAAAAGUUGAGGUCUACAAGUUGAGCUGGGGGCCAGUUUGUAGGCUUUUGCUGUGCCUGUGUGGAACUCAACAGUGUCACUUUAUAGAGGGGGAGAAAGAGAGAGAGAUUAAUAGUUUGGGACAUGAGUGCUAGAAGAGACUGACAUAAGGACAAGAAUUUAAAAAAAAUUAAAUAAAUGGAAUGAGGAGUUGGACACUCAGGAGAAGAUGCAGUGUGACAAGUAGAAAAGGCCUAUCUGUAGAAUGGCACAAGGGAAGAGGAAAGCUUAACAUAUAAGAAAUGUGUAAGUGGGUUGAAAUUGGUUAAAACUUGUUGCUGGAUAGAGUUGAAAGAUUUUAUUGGGCAAAAUGUGUCUUUGCAAUGCUUCAUUUACUAGAUGGUGUUUUUUUCUUUUAACAGUUUGAGAAACACAUGACCGUCCAUGCAUGGAAAUUAAAAUCACCAUGCAAUGGUGUGCAUCUGACUUCUUCCCUCACAUUUGCCAGGCAUCUCCUUCUGCAAUUUAACUUCUUGAAAAUCAACUUUACUUGGUCUGUGUAAUAAACUGUCUGUCUCCCAUUCUCAGGAGGAGAUGACCGCCGGGUCUUACUUUGGCAUAUGGAAGAAGCCAUCCAUUCAAGAGUCAAACCAGUUCAGCUGAAAGGGGAGCAUCACUCUAAUAUCUUCUGCCUAGCUUUCAACAGCGGCAAUACAAAAGUGUUCUCUGGAGGAAAUGAUGAGCAAGUUAUACUCCACGAUGUUGAAAGCACUGAAACCUUGGAUGUGUUUGCCCAUGAAGAUGCAGUGUACGGCCUUUCAGUAAGCCCAGUAAAUGACAACAUCUUUGCCAGUUCAUCAGAUGAUGGCCGAGUUCUUAUUUGGGACAUCCGAGAGUCUUCCCAUGGAGAGCCCUUCUGCUUGGCACACUACCCAUCAGCCUUUCACAGUGUAAUGUUUAAUCCAGUAGAACCCAGAUUACUGGCUACCGCCAACUCUAAGGAAGGUGUGGGACUCUGGGAUAUUCGUAAACCUCAGAGUUCACUUCUUCGCUAUGGUGGAAACCUCUCCCUUCAGAGUGCCAUGAGUGUCCGGUUCAACAGUAAUGGGACCCAGCUGCUGGCACUGCGUCGGCGCCUUCCCCCAGUCCUUUACGACAUCCACUGCCGGCUGCCUGUCUUCCAGUUUGACAACCAGGGGUACUUCAACUCAUGUACUAUGAAGAGCUGCUGUUUUGCAGGUGAUCGUGAUCAGUACAUCCUUUCGGGCUCUGAUGACUUCAAUUUGUAUAUGUGGAGGAUUCCUCCAGAUCCAGAAGCAGGUGGCAUUGGCAGGGUCGUCAAUGGUGCUUUUAUGGUAUUGAAAGGUCAUCGGUCAAUUGUAAACCAAGUGCGGUUUAAUCCUCACACUUACAUGAUCUGUUCUUCUGGUGUUGAAAAGAUUAUAAAGAUCUGGAGUCCCUACAAGCAGCCUGACUGCACAGGGGACCUGGAUGGUAGAAUUGAGGAUGAUUCACGUUGCCUUUACACUCAUGAAGAGUACAUCAGUCUUGUGUUGAACAGUGGUAGUGGUUUGUCCCAUGAUUAUGCCAACCAGUCAGUCCAAGAAGACCCACGGAUGAUGGCCUUCUUUGACUCUCUUGUACGCCGGGAAAUCGAGGGCUGGAGUUCUGAUUCAGACAGCGACCUCAGUGAGAGCACAAUCCUGCAGCUCCAUGCAGGAGUAAGUGAACGCUCCGCUUACAGCGAGUCAGAGUCCUCCACCUCUUUGCAUCACUCCCCACCACAUGUGGCUGAAGAGUCUGAUGAAACUGCCUAUAACUUAAGGGCCUUGAGAUCGACUGCAUCCCCCUCAGCCAGAGAAGACGUAGCUUCCCGUCAGCAGAGGCUAUCUGCACUGAGAAAGUAUCAGGAUAAACGUCUUCUGGCCCUUUCCAACGAGUCUGACUCUGAUGACAACACCUGUGAGGCAGAACCAGAUACAGACCUUUUCCCACGGCCGCCGUCCCCGAGUCCUGAGAACGAAUCCAGCAGUUCGAGCAGCAGCAGCAGUACAGAAGAUGAAGAGGAACUGAAUGAAAGACGCACAUCUAUGAGGCAACGCAAUGCACUGAGGCGACGCCAGAAGGUGCAAAAGGAGGAAAGGACUAGCACUAACACAGAGAAUGUAACCCCCUACAUAGGUGAGGAUAUAUAUGAUUACCCCCAGAUCAAAGUAGAUGAUCUUUCUUCUUCUCCAGCUUCUUCACCAGAAAGGAGUUCAGCCAGCAAACAAGCUCUCAAAGAAAGGACGUCUCCUUGUUCAGACAGUGAAUCAGUGGAGAGAAAGAUUUACAAAGCUUACAAAUGGCUUCAUUAUUCUUACAUAUCAUAUUCAGCUAGUAAAGAUGGUGAAUCCUCCAGAGGAGAUGGAGAGAAUGAUGAAGGGAAACCGGGAACCAGUGGAAGGCACAGUGCAUCACGCUCACUAACUAAGGAAGAUUCUAGGAACUUAAGUUCAGUAAUUCCUCAAGAUUCCUCAGCUCUUUCUGCUGAAAGCAGAGAAAAUUCAAAAGAAUGUGGCAUGAUAGAAAAUUCUAGCAAUGGUCAAGCUCAUGAAUGUGACAAUCAGCGACGGAUGGAGAGUCAAGAUAACACAUCUGAAGACACUAGCAGUGGAGGUACAGAGCAUUCUUUUGAGACUAAAAAGCUCAAUGGAAAAGCUAACUGCAAAGGGCUAAAUAGUUGUACCGAAGAACCUUGCAUUCAGACUGCAGGACUUAUGGAACAGAAAAAUAGUCAGAACUGUCAACCAGCAUCAAGCCAUCACUCACUGGUCCCUCCAUUCUCCACUGUCACGAUCUGUAGCAUGUCAGGUCACUGCUCCAGAAACCAGACUGAUGACAGUGAGGAGAGGAGCCUUGACCCCUCCUGUGUUAACUACAAUAAUGGCCACUUGCAUCUUCACCCUUCGUGUUUCAACAACGGACAGAGUUUUGGAGAGCAGGAGACUGUGACGCAAGGAUUACAGGUGCACUCAAAUGCUGAUAAUGGCAACCUUGUACAGGUGGGUGUGACCUUGCACAAAGACUGCUGCCUGUCUGAAAUGGACUCCAACAGCUACAAUGUGAGCACAAGAGAGGAUACUGCUGACUUGCAUCCUGCGGGCAGUGAGAGCACUCAAUCUCUUGGAGGACUGAAAAGACACAGAGUGGAGUUGGAAGACGCAGAUUCAGAGAGUUCUUCCUUAGAAAAGAAGUUAAAAACAUGAUAAAUGCAAAUGUCUGUCGUAGUGUGCACUCUCUCAAAAAGAAAAGGAAAAUGCAAGUAUUAAAGGCACAUAGAGCUUGGGUCUGAAACAUUGUGUUUGAUUCUCCAUUCCAUUCUUCAAGUGGGUCUGUUUUAGAUUGCCAGUGGUUCAUGCUGUGUAAAAAUCCAACUUGCUCCUUAAUGAGACUGAGUCUAGUGUACCAUACAAGGUUCUGUUUAAAGUAAAUCCUUAUUAAGAUGGUUGACUGAA